AUGGAAAGAUCUAUGUUUCUGCUAAACCAUGCCGAUAUCGGCGGCAGUAUGCGUUGUAUGUAUAGUUGAGGGGACACAAUGAAGUACUUCAAUGGAAGCUCUGUUAAAUGAAGCAACUGGUACGAAUUGCAAUUUUAUUGUGGCCUGAAUAGUUCCUAUAGUGUUUAAUUCUAAAUGUUUUUCCAAGGUGUUAUAUUAAAUUGAACUGGAUUCUGUUACUUCUCGGGGAUCCUAAUAUAUAAAACGCAUCUUGACUGCAAGCAAUACUUCCGCUUGCGAAUUGCUGAAGGUUGUGUAUAUUAUAAAAACGAAGUGGUCACUUUGGCAUGCCCUCUUGCAUACCACGGAGGACUAGAGUGUAUAACGAAAUAAGGUACUGCAAUAAUAGCUAUCACACCGCCAUAAAGACACGCAAAAUACCAUUGGUGGGCAGCUUAUUAUAUGUUAAUUCUUACGUAGUCACUUUCGGAGGAAACACUCUAUCUGAUGGUUAUUGGAUGACCUAAAAGUGACCUAUCCAAUUACUAUAUCAACGCAAUGCCGUGAUAUGUUUAAUAUAAACAUUGUCUUAAUGCUUAAGGAUUACCAUAAAGGAUCUGACGAAAACUGUCGGCUUUAUAUACGCGUUGCUACAGGAAAACUCUGUGGCUGAAUACUUGAACUACGCAGUGCUUAUACAUCAUCAUGGAUAUGGAUAUGGAUUCAGCUUUAUGCAGUGAAAUGAUGGCUUCUACGUUUGCGCGGGAAGGCUGUCUUGAAAGCUUGAAAAUAGCGUCACGUCUAUCCUUAUCUAGUUUUUGCAACGUGCAUCCACUUAGGAGGUGGUGUAAAAUAGUUGGCAAAUGCAAAUCACAAUUGUGUUCUCACGACAUUAUAGAGCUUUACGAGGAGCGCAAGAAGCUACAGAAGCUCCCAUGGCCCAAAGCGGCAACUUACAGCCUCGAUACACCACGGAAAAAGACACUGGUGCUGGACCUGGAUGAAACUUUGAUUCAUUCGUCAACGUUUAGGACUGGUAAGCACCAAACAUUGGUGGAGAUAGUGGGUGACACGGGUAUUAGCCUGGUAAGCGUCAGCUUAAGGCCAUUUGCACGUGAAUUCAUUGCGGCUGCUACUCGCAUGUUUGAGGUAGUGAUAUUUACGGCUGCAGGCUGCAAGUAUGCCAACCCAAUUAUUGACCUUCUCGACUGCGAGAGGCGUAUUCACGCUCGUUUAUUUCGUGAGCACUGUACUACAUUCAACCAGCAUAUUAUAAAGGACUUGAGUAUGUUUGAUCGAGAUUCGAAGGACAUUGUCAUUAUCGAUAACACACCGAUCUCAUACUUUUUACAUCCGCAUAACGCCAUACCGAUUUCCUCAUGGCAUGACAACCGUUCAGACAGGGAGUUGGUGCUUUUAAUGCCUUUUCUCAGGAAACUGUCGACUUGCGACGACGUCGUUACCUUGAUACGAGAGCGCUACCAUAACAAGCAGGAAGGCUCUAAGUCGGUAUCUACCUUAUCAGACACACACGCAAACUAGUACAUGACAUGUGUUUAAUC